UCAGAUCCAACCCGUUCUCCUUAUUUCUGGAGCGUGGUGGCGCUGCCUAGGUCAAUUCUGCUGUGGACAAGGGAAGAGUGAAGUGGCGGUGCUCUCUCUCUCUCUCUCUCUUUCUGAGCGACCGUCCGCCAGCGAAGAAUCAGCGGGCGAAUUCCUGAAUUAAUGGCAUCAAAAUUGCAUCAGCUGAGAUCAAAGGUUGCAGCAGCCUCACAGUUUGCAUCGAAGCAUGGCUGUGCCUAUUAUAAGCAGUUGAUGGAACAGAACAAGAAAUAUGUUGUGGAACCGCCAACAGUGGAGAAGUGCAAUGAAUUGUCAAAACAGCUAUUCUAUACCCGUCUUGCAAGCCUCCCUGGUCGUUAUGAAUCUUUCUGGAGAGAACUGGAUGCCGUUAAACAGCUAUGGAAGAAUAGGCAUGAGCUGAAGGUUGAGGAUGCAGGCAUUGCCGCCUUGUUUGGCUUGGAAUGUUACUGCUGGUUUUGUGCUGGUGAAAUAGUCGGAAGAGGGUUUACUAUCACUGGCUAUCAUGUGUAAUCUUGACCUGACAUUUUUGUUGUUGGAGUGUGAGUUUCGUCACAGAAACAUCUCCCUUUUGAAAAUUUCAUUUUACUCGAAAGAAAGUGAAACCGAUAAAGAAUUUAUGCUGCACACUUGUGCUAGCGAGGUGCUUAUCGGUGUGUCAAUAAUUAUUCAUGUUUCUUUCUUCCUCAAGUGCAAGCAGUUAGACUUGUGACCAUUGAAUUGGUUUACGAUCAUUUUCUAGUCGUCCUGUACUAUGUAGGUUUCAUAAUGGCACGAAAGGAUGCUGAAACACUAAACUAAAUCAUUCCUUCAUGGUUGCUGGGAGUGAUUUUCAGCAAGGGCUUUUUGGUUAUCGUA